UGGUUAUUAACGAUCGAUAUUUACGUUAUGCCGUACCAAACACGUGAUGUAACGUGGUUAAAUGGAUUAAAUUUGUGUUUUAUUCAGCAUAGGCUGUGUCAUGCUAUGUCGCUAAAAAUAAUACUGGAAUGUAUUUUUGGAAUUAUAUUUGGCGAUUUUGCGAGUGCGGGGCGGUGAAGACGUGUGAAAGUUUGUAAUUACGCUGCAAAAAAGCUUUUUAACUAGUGGCCUUGAUAUAUUAAAUCAAUUUUAUAUGCAGUGGUAUCAGGUUACGCGUUUUUCAACGAAACCAAAGCCAAAAAGCACUUGAGUCAAGCGAAAAAAAGCAAAACAUGCAAAGAAAACGACCGCCGUCCAGAAUUAAAGUUAGCCUAGUGUAAGACAAGCGUACGUUAAGGAUAUGUGUUAGACUGUCACAGACAAACAUACAAAAUGCCUGUGGUAUCUCCCUCUCGAUACAAUACCACUUCAUCGAGCCUCUCUGGCUCGUACCGGUCCACUUUGACUUCUUCAAGCUCAGAGAAACCUUACUACAGGUCUACAAGUGGAAAUUAUGACACUAUACGCAGCUAUGAGAGGUCAGAAUAUAGGUCCAGAUUCUCUGACAUUGAUGGCAACAGAGAAAGAAAGACUAUCUCUGAACGCACCCGAACAUCUAGAGCACCGAGCAUCGCUGACUCUGACAGUGGCAUCUCUAGCAGAUACCGGUCUGACAGAAGUGAGUCAAGGUCCAGAGAUAUCUCUACAACCCGCAGUGAGAGUAGCAAGACCUCCAGUGAUCCUCUACCGAGGAGUCGGAGACCUAUUCUGACUUCUACUGAGUUGGCUAUGUCACAUGCGGAGUGGUAUAAUAAGUAUUCACCAGCAAAUUAUAUACCGUUGACACAAAGGAUACAACAGCAACAGCAGAAUCAGAAUUAUGCAGAAAUUUCAAGGUCAAAGUCAAUUUCAAAUGAUAUUGGAAGGCCUCCGGCUGCAGACCCUACGAGGCUUGCAAGGAAAGCAAGGAAUUCAGCUGCCACCAUAUCAGAGAGACCAGAACGAAGAUCGUAUAAGGAAACCUCGCCGGUUUACAAGAGAGGGAUGCUAAACGGUGUUAAGGAUACGAAUGGCAACGAAGUGCCUCCAGUCUCGGAGAUCAGAAAGAGAUUCGAUCAAAAGAUGACUGUUACGAAACUGCCCGCGAACGACUCGCGGUACACCGAACAAUAUCUAAACCAACUGAAGGAUUGCGAGAACGGCACGGUAGGGUAUACUAAGCUCGUCCCGAAAGACGACAAGCCGGUACCAGUCCAUUUGCCUCACGAAAAGAACGGUUUGCAACGCUGGGAAGUAGGUUCAUCCAGCUCUCGAUCUAACUCAAACUCAGAUCUGUCACUAAGUAAGACGAUAUCCGAGCCAGUUUGCCUAGCCAAACCAAUACACGAUAGAAAUAGUUCCAUGUCCACUUCUUUAACUUCAAAACUGCCUUCCGACCGUCUAGCCAGCAUUAAAAGCCAGCUAGACCCAAACAAUCCUAUAGGCAAGAUUCUAGAAAAAUCCACCGUCAUACAAGUAGAGAAUGGCGAUUUGGAUUAUAAGAAACAUGACGGAAAUAAAAUUAAAGAUAUAAAGAGCGAUAUAGAGAAACAGACGAAAGCGCCAAAACACACAUCUAACUUCGCUUCUUACAUACAGAUAUCACAACCAGUUUCAUCCGGAACUACGCCCAAAAAACAAGUAGAAUUAAACCACAUUAAUAACGAAGAUGCAACUAAAAAUGAUAUUAAAUCUGAACCUAGGAAAGCGAGAGCUAAUCUUAAGUACAUAGAUUCGGAAGAAGAUAGGAUACUGUUGGAAAAUGAUAUUGAAUCUCCUAGUGGUACCGGUUUUGAGAACAAGACUUUUGAACAUGAGAAUUAUUUGAAGAAAAGAACGGAAAAGAAUGAGGAGGGUAAAGAACAAACGGAGGAAGCUAAAUCUAUGGAAACCAGUACUGAAAGCACGAUUAGCGAGCCCAGUGAUGAUUUAAGUCCUGAAACUCCGUCUGCUAGAAGAAAAGUCUUGGAUACAAAGGAUUUUGAAGAUUGUAAAGGGGAGUUGGCCGGCGGCAAGAGCGGGCCUAGCGGCCUCCGGCGCAGCAGCGAGCGCUCCGACUCGCUGCCCGACUCGCGCACUGACAAGCAGUCCAGUCAUACUAGUGGGCUAAACGGCCUCCGCAACAUAGGCAACACAUGUUUCAUGAACAGCGUGCUCCAGUGCCUCUCAAACACGAGGCCGCUCCUCGAGUACCUCUGCGACGAACGCUACGCUGAUGAUAUCAACACCUCGCUGUCGUGUAUGAAGGGGGCGCUCAUUAAAGCGUUCGGCAUAGUGAUAAAGGAACUAUGGCGCAGUGGCGAGAAGGAUGCCGUGGUGAACACGACGGCGCUCAAGUCCCAGGUUCAGCGGUUCGCGCCCAGGUUUAUGGGCUACAGUCAGCAGGAUGCACAGGAGUUCCUCCGCUACCUGCUGGAGGGUCUGCACGAGGAUGUGAACCGUGUCACCGUCAAGCCCAAGCCCAUACUCACCGAGAUCGAUGACAACCUCAGCGACUCAGCCAAAGCCCAGGAGGCGUGGAACCGCUACCUCCGCAUGGAGGACAGCCGCGUGGGGGACAUCUUCGUGGGACAGCUCAAGUCCACCCUCCGCUGUACUCAUUGCAACCACGAUAGUGUCACCUUCGACCCCUUCUGGGACCUCAGUCUCCCGAUCCCGUCCCGCACGGGCAACCUGAAGCUGCAGCAGUGUCUGUCGCACUUCACCAGGGAGGAGGAGAUGGACGGCGACGAGAAACCGACAUGUUCAAAGUGCGGCGUACGCAGGAAGUGCCUGAAAUGGUUCACCGUGCAGAAGUUCCCGCAAGUACUCGUGUUGCAUCUCAAGAGGUUCUCUCCAACGGAACGUUUCCGGGGCAAGCUAAACGUUCUAGUCGAGUUCCCUCUCAGCAACCUGGACAUGUCACCGUACGCCGCCACCCGCGCCGCCGCACCCGUCUACAACCUCUACGCCGUCAGCAACCACUCAGGCACGACGUACUCGGGUCACUACACGGCUUACUGCAAGCAUCCUUACAACGGCGAGUGGCACGAGUAUAACGAUUCACGAGUAACACCAAUAAGCAGUCGGAACGUGGUCUCCUCCGAGGCGUACGUCUUAUUCUACGAGCUGUCGCGCCACACGUAGCGAACAUCUCGUCCACACGUCAGCAACAAGUCAACAACAUGCAAACAACUAGCUUUAUACUGAAAUAACAAGUGCGUGGUGUAGGUCACAUUGUGUUAGAACGAAAUAGAAAAAAUCUCAUUUUUAAUGUUGUAAGGUAAGUUAAAAUUUAUUUUUGAAUUUUUGUUACAAAGAUUAUGGUAUUCAUUUGUCUACAUUCUAAAAUGUAUCUAAUCCCCGCACUCAGAGACAUUUAUGGUCUUACUACAAAAACUUAAA